AUGAGAUUAAUAAUUGCAUUGACCAUUGCCUUGUGCAUGUUCCAGUACGUCUCGGCUCAAUCUUGCACUGAACUCACUUGCCAGAAGUUCGCCCUCAGCUCAUGUACCGGUGAUAUUUACAACCGUCUUGUUGCCAAAGUAGAGGCUAAGGGAGUACAGAUCAACUUGAUCUGCCCAUCACAAUACUAUUGUGGUGAUAACCCAUUCUGGAAUGCUUCCAACACUGAAUCAUCAGAGAGAAUCUGUCUGCCAUUGGGCAAUGUCGGUCAUCACUGUGAUCCAACCAUUCCAGUCACCUGUGUCCCAGGUCUCCAAUGCUAUCCACCAUUCACCCCAGCACCACCAGUAAGAGACAUCGAGGCCAAGGUCGAGGUCGACGCCACCACCGUCUACACUUGCCAGAUCCUCAACUUCCUCACUGUUGGAGAGAAGUGCUCUGUCACAUCAGAUUGCUACAGCCCAGACAGCAGAACUCAGAUUGAGUGUGAUGGAUUCACUCGCACUUGCACUCCAAUGAUCCCAUCCUCCAAGGACUCGACUUGCAUCAGCGACGACCACUGCCCACCAAACCAGUUCUGUAACCAGACCACCAACUGUCUGCCACGUGUUGCCCUCGGCGGCAACUGCUCAGAGAACGCCGAUUCGUGUGUGGUCAAUGCCAUCUGCGCCAGCGUCAGCAUCGACAACAACAACAUGACCUGUAUCCCAAUAUUCUCGCGCCAGGAGAACGAGACCUGCUCGUUUGGCAGCUCGUACCACGGCUUCCUCGACGCCUGUGACAUCAGCAAAAACGUCUACUGCCAGGCUGGCAUCUGCCGCGCCGCCCCCGCCCCCGUCUCCACCACCAACUGCUCCAAGGACGCCUGCUCGUCCAACCAGCGCUGCAUGUGCACACCCGCCAACCCAAGCGGAGAGUGCAUCACCUCGUACAUACCCGCCGACACUAGCGCCUGCAAGACCACCGCCCUCGCCUACUUUGACUGUCUGGCUGCCAGCAACUGUGCCGACGGCAACGCCAACGUGCCCAAGUCGUGCGGCUACCAAAAGUGCAAGAAGCCCCUGUGCGACUACAUGGGCGCAUGCAACACUCCCAACCCAUUCACCAGCUGCUUCAGCGGCAACGACAACUUUGCCACCAUUGGCUUCUGUGGCAACCUCACUCCAGGCGCCUCCUCCAUCACCUCGCCAGCCAUCAUCAUCACCGUUCUCUCUGUGAUCCUCGCUCUCAUGUUCUAA